UGCAACAGACAAAAUCUGACGAAACGCCUCCUAGGUUUUCACUCCCAUACCGCAAACGGAGCUUGUCACUCCCUCACGCUCUUUUUCCGCUUUCGUUAAUUUCCUAUCAAGUUACAAUCUUCAAGCUACAAAAAUCAGACCACCACCUCUACCUUGUUUCUCCAUUGAAACCCACAAAAGGAAACCCCUUUAACAUCUCUCUCUCUCUCUCUCUCUUCAAUAAAAGCUUGCCUAAUUCAAGAACUGAAAGCCAGAAAGCGUGAACCGAUCCAUAACUUAGUUUCCUUAACGUUUCUUUCAUUGUCAAAUCUUAUAUAAACCCACCAUCACCAUUGUUGCAUCCUCCUCAGAUGGUAAUCCCAUUGUCAUGUUACAUGUUCUUUCCCUAUUUGCCAAGAUUCUUGGAAAGGAAAAUUUAGAUUUGAUUAUUCAAUAUUUCUUGUUUCUCCACCGUAAUUCCCUGUUUCUCGCGUACCCGUUUGGUAAAGAUUUGAUUUUCUUUCCUUAUUUGUGCUGAUUUGGUUUUCUUAAUAACUAGAUGCCUUGAUGGGUUUUGUUUUCCUCAACAAGUACACAUCUGGCGGUAACUACUGUUGAUCCUUUAUUUAUAUGAUGUUCUUGGAGACCCUUCUGUUUUUAGGGUAUACUUUUUAUGCACACCGAGUGUUUUGAGAUUAAAUUCUUCUGAAAAUACAAUACCGGACCUGAUAUCCAAAUGGCAUUGGAGUAUGGCAAGGAGCCUGGUAUUACUAUUAGAUUCAUUCAGAGCAGGCCUCUGCCAUUGAGACUUGUUCAAUUUUUCUUGUUGUUUUUGGUUCUGGGUCUUGGGGUCUCCGUAAUUAGUAUGUAUACGUUUCGACAUUUUGGAAUCCAAAAUGUAACUGAUGUAGGAAAGUCCAGUAUAUUUAUCCCUUGCUUCGAAGCACCAAAUGAUUUAGAGCACUGGAUUAAGCCUUCAUCAAAUCUGUUACAUAGGAUGAAUGAUACUGAGCUGUUUUGGCGUGCUUCAUUUCUUCCUCGAAGAAAGGGAUAUCCAUUUAAGAGAGUUCCUAAGAUUGCCUUCAUGUUCUUGACAAAGGGACCAUUGCCAUUGGCACCUCUUUGGGAGAGAUUUCUCAAGGGACAUGAGGGGCUCUAUUCGAUCUAUGUUCAUUCAUUGCCUUCUUAUGUUGGGAACUAUACGGCAUCGUCAGUGUUCUACAAUCGACAAAUCCCAAGUCAGUUGGUAGAGUGGGGAAGGAUGAGUAUGUGUGAUGCUGAGAGGAGACUCCUGGCAAAUGCUCUACUUGAUAUUUCCAAUGAAUGGUUCAUCCUAUUGUCCGAGGCGUGCAUUCCUCUCCACAAUUUUAGCAUUAUCUAUCACUAUAUAUCGAGAUCAAAGUACAGUUUCAUGGGAUCAUUUGAUGAAGAGGGUCCCUAUGGUAGAGGCCGAUAUAAUUGGAACAUGCAGCCUGAGGUAACACUUCAGCAAUGGCGUAAAGGGUCUCAAUGGUUUGAAAUAAAUCGACGACUUGCAGUUAAAAUAGUUGAGGACACCACAUACUACCCCAAGUUCAGAGACUUUUGUCGGCCAGCAUGUUAUGUCGAUGAACACUACUUUCCAACAAUGUUGAGCAUCCAUGUUCCAUAUCUCUUGGCGAAUAGGACGCUUACCUGGACGGAUUGGUCGAGGGGUGGCGCACACCCCGCAACAUUUGGAAAGGCUGACAUUACAGUGGAAUUCUUCCAGAAGGUGUUUCAAGGACAGUCAUGCACCUACAAUAAUCAGCCAACAAGUGUGUGCUAUCUCUUUGCAAGGAAGUUCGCCCCAAGCGCUUUAGAUCCUCUAUUAGGUUUAGCGUCGGAAGUUUUCGGGUUUUGACCAAGGCAUAUAGUUUGAGAAAGUUUUACCUAGGCAUGCGAGUUCAGUUGCCAAGCUAGCCCAUUCUCUAUGUUAGGUAUGAGGGAUCUAUUUCAAAUGAGUUUUAGGGCAUUCUAAGCAUUGAUGUCAAACCAUUUCAUAUGUAUAGUUAUUCAAUCUUAAGCCAAGUUACACUAUCGAAACAUCGUUGGUUAAUAAUAUCAUAUUUCUCACCUGUUGCAGCCUGACGGAGGCUUUUUAAUUUC